GUCAGCGGCGGGGGCUGCCCAGGGCGGCGGAGCCAUGGAGCCCGCGGGGCUGCCGGAGCCGUCCCUCUACACCGUCAAGGCCCUUUUCAUCCUGGACAGCGAUGGGCAGCGGCUGCUCGCCAAGUACUACGACAGCACCUUCCCCUCGGCCGAGGAGCAGGCGGCCUUCGAGAGGAGGGUGUUCAGCAGCACCCGCGGCGUCGGCGGCGACGUCGCCUGCUUGCAGGGCCUCACCGUGGUCUGCACGAGCAGCGCCGACCUCUCCUUCUACGUGGUGGGCAGCGGCCGGGAGAAUGAGCUGCUGCUGUCGGCGGUGCUCGGCUGCCUCGUGGAGGCCCUCGGCCGCGUGCUGCGCGGGGAGGUGGAGAAGCGCUGGCUGCUGGACAACCUGGCCGGGGCGUUCCUGGUGGUGGACGAGAUCGUGGACGGCGGGGUGAUCCUGGAGAGCGACCCGCAGCAGGUGGUGCAGAGGCUGAGCCUCCGGGCGGCCCCGGAGCCGGCGGCCUACGGCUUCGUCCUCCUGGAUUACCUGGUGGGCAGCUCAGCACGGAAGGAGUCCGAGUAGGCGCUGGCGAGGGGCUGCGGGGGGGUCCCGCUCCGGGGUGCCCCCCGGGCUGCUCGCCCUGCCGCUGCCAGCAGCCCCUGGCCGGGGUCCCGUCCCCCCCGGCGGCGACGGGGUCGAGCACGAAACGAAGCGCUAAUAAAGGAGUCUUGACGAGCC